UAUGCUAAUUUGCAUAUGCAAUUAUCCUUAUGAUUAGGUGGAGUCAAUUGGAGGGAAAAUGCCGCGAGAAAUCAUAACUCUACAACUAGGACAAUGCGGGAAUCAAAUUGGUAUGGAGUUUUGGAAGCAACUCUGUGCAGAGCAUGGAAUUAGUCCAGAUGGUAUUUUGCAAGACUCUGUAGUUGAGGGACUCGACAGAAAAGACGUCUUCUUUUACCAGGCAGAUGAUGAGCACUACAUACCACGGGCUGUAUUGCUGGAUCUUGAGCCUAGGGUAAUUAAUACCAUUCAGACCUCUACCUAUGGGAAACUAUACAAUCCUGAGAAUAUCUACAUAUCAGAGCAUGGGGGUGGAGCCGGGAAUAAUUGGGGGAGUGGCUAUUCACAAGCUGAUAAAUUAAGUGAGUCGAUAUUUGACAUUCUUGAUCGUGAAGCUGAUAACAGUGACAGUCUUGAGGGGUUCGUGAUAUGUCACUCAAUAUCUGGUGGCACUGGGUCUGGAGUUGGGUCUUAUCUAUUGGAAAGGAUAGGAGACAGAUAUCCAAAGACAUUGGUUCAAACCUACUCUGUGUUUCCUAACAUUGGGAGUUUGGGUGAUGUAGUUGUCCAACCAUACAACUCCAUACUUACUCUAAAGAGACUGAGCCUAAAUGCUGAUUCAGUAGUAAUUCUUGAUAAUACUGCACUGAACAGUAUAGCAGCCGAGAGGCUUAGGAUACCAAACCCAACCUUCUCACAAAUCAACCAGCUGGUUUCAACUAUAAUGGCUGCCAGCACAUCGACUCUACGUUACCCUGGAUACAUGAACAACGAUCUGAUUGGACUGAUAGCAUCACUCAUACCCACACCACAGCUUCACUUCCUAAUGACUGGGUACACACCACUCACCACUGAGUCUCAGGUUGCCAGUAUUAGGAAAACUACCGUCCUUGAUGUGAUGAGGAGACUUUUACAGCCUAAGAAUAUCAUGGUUUCAACUCCUAAGGAGAGACACGAGGACAUUCGUCAUUGCUACAUAUCUAUAUUGAAUAUAAUCCAAGGGGAGGUGGAUCCAACUCAAGUUCAUAAGAGCCUCCAGCGAAUCAGAGAGAGGAAACUGGCACAAUUUAUACCUUGGGGACCAGCCAGCAUUCAGGUGGCUUUGUCUAAGAAGCCUCCACACAUGCAGUCCGCUCACAGAGUCAGUGGACUAAUGCUUGCUAAUCACACUGGGAUAUCAACACUCUUCAAGACAGCUUGUAAUCAGUUUGACAAGUUGUUCAGUCGGAAGGCUUUCGUCGAACAAUUUAAGAAGUUUGAGAUCUUUAGCAACGACUCUGAAUUAUCUGAAAUGAUAAACUCCAAAGAGGUAGUGAUGCGACUGGUUGAAGAGUAUCAAGCAGCUACCAGACCUGAUUAUAUAACCUGGGACCCAUCACGAGGAGGAGGGAGCAGCUCAGCUGCUGGUGGACUUGAAAAGUUUGACUCCAGUAGGAGGUAGCAAAAGAUCACUUUCAAAGAAACCCUUAGCAACACUAACAAUUGCUAAUAAAUGAUAAUAAUUAUUCAAAGACAAAUAAACUGAUCAAUAGUAGUAUACCCACACACACACACUUACACAUACAAUGUACUUAAAAUAACAUUCCUAUCUUUAGUCUUCAUCA